AUGAAGGCUACGUUCCAGAUGAGUGAUCUGGGGUUGCUCCACUACUAUCUUGGUCUGGAGGUAACCCAGCUCGAUAGCGGCAUCACUUUGGGACAAAGUGCAUACGCGGCGAAGAUCCUAGAGAACGCCGGGCUGACUGGGUGCAAUCCCAGUUUUAUCCCCAUGGAGCCACGCCUCAAGCUGAGCAAGGAGAGCACUGCGUCCGCUGUCGACGCAACAGCGUACAGGAGCAUUGUUGGCUCCCUGCGCUACCUGGUGAAUACCAGGCCAGACCUGGCCUACUCGGUGGGCUACGUGAGCCGCUUCAUGGAGAAGCCGACCACCAAGCACCUGGCAGCUGUGAAGAGGGUGCUGCGGUACAUCGCCGGCACUCUGGACUACGGCUGCUUCUACACGAGGAAGGAGAAGGACACGCACCUCGUCGGUUUCAGCAACAGUGAUCUUGCCGGGGACAUCGACACCCGCAAGAGCACCACUGGCGUCAUCUACUUCCUCGGCAAGAACGUCAUCACCUGGCAUUCACAGAAGAAAAGGUCGUUGCUCUGUCCUCAUGGGGUGUGGCUGGCGCGUCUCCUAGCUGAGCUGAAGGGCAAAGAGAAAGGCGUGGUGAAGAUCAACAUCGACAAUCAGUCCACUGUUCAACUCAGUAAGAACCCUGUCUUCCACGAUCGCAGCAAACAUAUAGAUACAAGAUUUCAAUUUAUUCGUGAGUGCAUCGAAGAAGGAAGGGUGUGCGUUGCCUCCAUUGGCACCACUGAGCAACUGGCGGACCUCAUGACGAAGGCUCUGGCACGCGAACGUUUCUGUGAUCUGCGCGCCAGGCUCGGCCUCGUCAAUCUCAAGCAGAUAUGCAAGGCUUAG